AAUGCAGCAUACGGUUGCUAUGUUUGGCCAUCUGCUCUUGUCCUAAGCGAGUUUUUAUUCUAUAAUCGUUCAAGGUUCAUCAAUAAGACAGUUCUGGAAGUAGGUGCAGGCACAUGUUUACCUUCCUUGACAAUCAUAAAGUCAUCAAAACCUUCUCAUAUGGUAGUGACUGAUAUUGAAAGCAUCGUGCCAGCCAUGCAACAGUGUCUUGAACUUAAUCAAGUCUCUGAUAAUGUCUGGAUAGGUGCAUUAGAAUGGGGUCAGUUCGGUACACCAAACAGUAUAGACUAUUUGAUACAACAUACGAUACAAACAGAAUGGGACUCUUCUAUUGAUUAUAUCAUUGGUAGCGAUACAUUUUAUGAUCCUAAAGAAUUUGAAAACCUGCUUGUACUUGUAUCCUAUGUUAUACAUCAUCACAAUCCACAUUGCACAUUCUACACAACCUAUCAAGAGAGAAGCUCAAAAAGAAGUAUACAAUAUCUAUUAAACAAGUGGAAUCUUCAGUGUAGACUCAUAUCCAAGGAUGCAUUUGGAUUUGAUGAAUUAAAGUAUACUUGUGAACAAGACGCUGAAUCUGAAAUAAAGGUCAAUGCAGGUACACUCUCCAGUGUAUUCUUACUUGAGAUAUCCAAAGCAAAACAAUAA